AUGACGGACCGCCAAGGCAAUGGUCUUUGUCUCCUCUGCCUCGACGGCGGAGGCGUCCGUGGCCUGUCAUCGCUCUACAUACUCAAAUACCUGAUGGAAGCAAUUAACCCCGAGCAUCCCCCUAGGCCAUGCGAUGUGUUCGAUAUGAUCGGAGGCACUUCAACUGGAGGACUAAUCGCACUGAUGCUUGGUCGCCUCGAGAUGAGCGUAGAUGAUUGUAUAAAAGUGUACAGUUCCAUGUCAACAAAUAUUUUCCAGAAGACAGGCCAUCGUUUCAGUAUCAAAGGAAAAUCUCGAGGUCGAUUUAACCACACUGCCAUCGAGAUGGCAGUGAAAGACAUUUUGCGGCAAAAGGGAUUGCCAGAUGACACUCUAUUAUAUGAUACAGACGUGGCUGCUUGCAAGACCUACCGAUCAAAACGUGGUGGAGAUCUCCUGGCAGUCACCAAGAUUUGGCAGGCUGCACGAGCCACUUCAGCGGCGACCACCUUCUUCGAGCCCAUCGAGUUCGGUGACGAAGAGUUCGUGGAUGGCGCGACUGGGGCGAACAAUCCCAUCUCAGAGCUUUGGAGCGAAGCCACCGAAUGUUUGGGGAAUAAGGAUGGGCCUUGCCACUUGGAAGACGAAGUCCGAUGCGUGAUUUCGAUAGGCACAGGCGUCCCUUCCUUGACUCCCUUUGGCGACAACCUGAUCCAGCUUGGAAAAAGUCUGAUUAAGAUAUGCACGGAUACGGAGGCGAAGGCUGAUGAUUUCGCACGUCACCAUCCUCAGUUACGCAGGCAAGGGCAAUACUUUCGAUUCAACGUUGAUCAUGGCUUGGAGGCGGUGGGCUUGGAAGAAACUCAAAAAGUUAAGGAGAUCAUCAGCGCAACCCAGCUCGGGGCAAAUUAUGAUACUGCACAGAGCCUCGCUGACGAUCGUUGGCUGAGGAACUACAUUCGUCAGACUGAACAACUUGACAAAAAGUUCAAUGUUUCUCCGUCAUCAGAAACCCUAGCUUGGUUCACUAAUACGAUGCCUUAUAAGAAGUGGUUGCUGAAUGCAGGAUGCAUUUAUUACCCUUUCUCAGUCGAUACUCACACAGGCUAUGGCAACUGGCUUGUGAACGCCAUGCCUGCCUCUUGGGUGACUUUUCCACCCCCGGAGCUCAAUUCCCAAAUCAUAAUGACAUACGUCAACUGUCAAGGAAUCGUGGACUGCAGCAGCGCGGACGUGAUCAGAAGUGUUGUCUCCCAGGUGAUGACUUUCACUUAUGACUCGAAGACGGAAUGGUUUAAUGCAAUGGCCCAAGUAAGCCGGCGGGAAAGGCGUCUCCUCGCGCGAGACAUCAAACAAGCUACCCUGUUGCAACUGCUGGAUGUCCUCAACUUCAUGGUUGAAUUUCACAGAUCGUCUGGGUCGGCAGCAUUGCUUUGCAUAGUGGACAAAGUGCACUGCCUGAAAGGAGACCAAGUUCGAGAGGAAUUCGUCCAGCUUCGUGUCAACUUACAGCGUAUGGGAACCCAUCUCCUUGUCACCGGCGAGCCCAGAUUGAGCUCCACGGGGCAGGGAUGGGGAGCCAGCGAUUUCGCCUGCGUGGAUGAGAAAACUGAAUACCGAGAGUGCCUUGAGGCUCUGAAGUUCGACAACAUGUUCACGCGAAGAAACCAUGUCUCUGCGGCCAUUACGGGCACAAACAGAUGGUUCCUGACACACCAGGAGUUUCUGUCGUGGAGAAAGCUCUCGUCUGGCCUUCUCUGGAUUCAGGGCAAGCCAGGUUCAGGAAAAUCGGUGCUGGCGAAAUCGAUACUGGCAUCGGAGACGGUGACUGCUCCAUCUUCCGACCGACCUCUCGUUGCCAGUUGGUUCUAUAGCAAACGCGGUGGUGCAGAUGGCAUGUCACAUUCCUCGAUGAUGCGGUCCAUCGCGUACCAGUUGCUGGAUCUCUGUCCACAUUUGUUCCCAGCAUUCGCGCUGGCAUACCGCCAACAAGGGAUGUCUUGGGAUGCGUUCGCUAGCCUGUUGACGCCCCAAAAAGAAAAAGCUAACCCGAGGAUAAUCUGUCUCUUGGAUGGCCUUGACGAAAGCGAGGGCCGAGAUGAUGUGAUUGGAAAGAGGAUCCUACAAUCUCUCGCAGAUCUAUCGGAAAAGCCUGGGUCCCGCCUCAGAGUGCUUGUGUUGAGCCGCCCUUAUAGCACCAUCCAUAACGUUUAUGGUACUUACGAUAUCCUCUUGGAAGCAGAGAACCAAAGUGACAUCGAGAAAAUAAUCGUUGAGGGGGUCAAAUCUCUGGCACACGAUAUGUCGCGAUCACACGAAAGCAACUACAGCUCCUUUGCCCUUCGGCGUCGAGCAAAACUCGAGGGCGAGAACCCGAGCGACGUGGCUGCCUUGAGCAACGAGGAAAUACAUGCCGAGAUGGACGCCAUCCAUGAUUACCUAGCCAAGAAUGCUCGAGGUGUGACUCUCUGGGUUACCCUUUGCAUCAAUCAAAUUAGUCGCCUCCUAAGCAGAGGGCCUUUCACCUGGGCGUCGAUCCGCUACGCGUUGUUGGAACUACCGCUGGAACUGGAUCAGAUGUACGCGACAAUAAUUGGAGAUUUAAAUUCCGAGUGCGAAACAGAACAUCGGAAGAUGGCCAGGAAGGUGCUUGCCUGGGUGAUAACAGCGAGUACCAAGCGUCCUCUUCUCAUUCGAGAAAUGCUAGAUGCGAUUUCGAUACCAGAAGACACGAUUACGACAACCGGAGAUUCUGACCCAAUCCAAUCCAACCGACCCAUCUUCACUUCGUGUGAAGUCUUUUGUCGGUCGAUCAAUGAGAUAUGCGGGCCACUAAUAGAGUUUGUCAACCCCUCAGAGGCAGGGUCGUUUCAAUACAAUCGACAGAGCAGAGUUACAAUGGGCUCGGUUGUUCAGCUUGUCCACCAGACAGCGAAAGACUUUCUGGAGACCGGCCUUGGAACUUCAUACAGCUUCGAACCCGGCGAGGCCUCACGGAUGGUCAACCACCAAGCAAGCCUUUAUCUGAACCUUGCCAUUCCACUCAAGUCGGCGGCAUAUGCCCCAUUCCUGACCGACAUUACGGACGACUGGAAGCUGUCUGUUCUGAAGACUCUUGAGUACCUCAACGACAAGACCCUGCUCUCAUUCGUCCUAUCUCACUGUGUCUUCGACAAGCACUACAAUAUGAUAGCAGAAUUAUCUGAUAGGAAGCGAUGGCGAAUGUCCGCAUUCUACCAGCACAUGGUCUACGGUGAUGUGGAGGGUGAGGGUGUGGUGGAUGAAACUGUAGUAGGCCUAUUAUUCCGAUUGGGGUGCAAUUUGGGUCUGGACAUUGCAGUGGAGAAUUUGCUGCACCUCACCUCACUUCGUCCGGGAUGGUGGAAGACUCAUCUGGAUGUAGUCCGGACAGCAACUCGCUUCUCAGCAGAAGGAGUCGCGGAUGACCUCAACUACAUACUGACUCGGCGGCGAGACGAGCUCAACGGGCCGACAGGAGAGUAUGGGAUGCUGGGCCCGGUGCGGCAUUCGCGUUCAGCCUACAGCCGUGAAUACUCCCGUGGAUCGUCUGUCAUUUCUGAUCUUACUUAUGCGAGGUCACCAGGGCGUCCAGAGUCAGUGAGAGACUCGCGGCAUUCGCUUCCCGGGAACACACAAAGAUACAGUCGGAACCAUGAAGUGAUAGCACUGCCUCGCAACAAGGACUUGGACCAGGUCAGGAGGGCAAUUAGCCGUGUCAUUCUCUAUCUUUCCGGAAACAGUCAGCCGCUGGAGUUGAACCGCGGGAGCGAGACGAGUGCUAUAUUCCAGCCCCGCCCCUCGCGCAUUUCGCAGCUUCACAAUCGUUUCACCCGGAUUCAAUAG